AUGGAAGAAGAAAAGGAGAAAAGAUCCAAAAUUAUUUCUCUCUUUCUCCUCUCCCAGUUUCUUUAUCUUCUCUUUCUUCUCCUGUUUCUUCUACAAUUAAUUUUCUUCUCAUCCUCCUUCACCACUGUCUCAUUUUUUCUUUCUCUUUCUUGUCCUUAUCACUUCUCUCAUAAUCCCUUGUCACUCCUUUUCCUUCUCCAGGUUAUUCUCCUUUUCUCUCUCCUUAAAUUCUGCCACAGUUGUUUGCCCUCCAGUUUUCUAUCAUCCAUCUUUGUUUUAUUCCACCUCUCUCCCUAUCUAUUUCUCCUCCACACUUUCUUUGUCCCCUACUCCUCUUUCUCUCUGUCUUUAUUCUGUCCUACUCUCUCUCUUUGUCCCUUACUCCUCCUUCUCCUUCUUUUCCUCUUCUACUCUUUCUUCACCACCAACUCCUCCUUCUCCUCUCCUACUUUUCCUCCUCCACUCCUUUUUCAUCCAAUACACAUCUUUCUCCAUUCAUUCUUUUCUUCCUUCACUCUUUCUUCAUCCCCUACUCCUCCUUCUCCUCUCCUUCUUUUCCUUUUCCACUCUUCCUUCAUUCCUACACUUCUUUCUCCUCUCAUGCUUUUCCUCCUCCACUCUUUCUUCAUCCCUACUACUCCUUCUCCUCUCCUACUUUUCCUCCUCCAUUCUUUCUUCAUCCCCUACUCCUCCUUCUCCUCCCCUCCUUUUCCUCCUCCCACUUCACUUUUCCUUCAUUAUUCCAAACCUAUUACUACAUGCGUUUUUCCUAUCUUUUCUUUUUAA